AUUUAAUGACAGUAACAGAGAACCUUCUCAUUGUUAUUGCAAUUGUUUUUGACCAUCACCUGCACACACCUAUGUUCUUCUUCAUGAUGAAUUUAGCCAUGCAAGACAUUGGUUCUAUUACAGUCAUUAUCCCCAAAGCUGUUUUCAAUUCUCUUAUGAAUAUCAGAUUUUUUCCUAUUCUGAGCAUUGCUCAAGUUUUCUCAUAAAUCUUCUUCUUGAGCUAUUGUAUUUCACUCCUUACUAUUAUGGCCUAUGAUCGAUAUGUUGCCAUUUGUAAUCCUUUACAAUAUGAAAUUAUAAUGAACAGGACAUCCUGCAUUAAAAUGGUUGGCAGUGUGUGGGUUGUCAGCUUUCUUAAUACUGCAUUACACACUAUUGCAACAUUUACUACUCCUUUUUGUUCUAACAAUAUCAACCAGUUCUACGGUGAAAUUCCACAUCUACUUAAAAUUAUUUGCUCUGGUUUAUAUGUAAUUGAAAUUGGAAUUAUAGCAUUUACUGCUAUAUUAGUAAUGGGUUGUUUUUUCUUCAUUGUUCUUACUUAUGGGCAAAUUUUUUCUGCUAUACUGAGAAUCCCUUCUGUUCAAGGAAAGGAAAAAGCCUUUUCCACUUGCCUUCCCCACCUCAUUGUCAUCACCAUAUUUUUGUUUUCUGGUUGCUUUGCCUACCUGAGGCCCAUAUCUAACAGUCCUUCACACCUUGAUUUCAUAAUUACAAUAAUGUAUUCCAUUAUACCAUCCAUUUUAAAUCCACUGAUCUAUGGCAUGAGAAACAAGCAAAUUAAAAUUGUUCUUAUAAGACUUCUUAAUUUUAAGUAA